AUGCUCAGUUUAAAGCUGUUAAAGUUAGACAAUGGAACUCGGCUGGAUUCGGUAGACCGUGCUCUUACGAACACUUCGAACUGGAUAGUUUUAUUACUGCAAAAAUUAGUCAUUGUUGUCUGCUUUUAAAGUGGAAUAAUGCAGAAAAAUGUGUUUUUGGAAGAUAGCAUGUAUGGCCAGUACAAGGAAGAUUUAGAAGCUUAUGCAAAAGCUGAAGCUAGAAGACUGAAAGCAUUACAAAAAUUGAGAAAAAAAGAAGAAACGAUAAGAAAGAAGCAACUAAAAACUUACCGUAGUGCGUGGCAAAGAAGACUUGCAGGGUACUUCACAGCAUUUUGGCAUCACACAUUUGCCAAAUUAGGUGAAGAUUGGGUAUUUCUUGCUGUACUUGGCAUUCUUACCUCCUUAAUUAGUUUUGGCAUGGAUUAUGCAAUAGCAAUAUGCUUAAGAACUCGCAUCUGGUUAUAUCGUGAUUUGGCUAGGCAUCCAGUGUUACAAUACUUGGCGUGGAUAGCAUUCCCUCUCACUUUGAUUCUUUUUUCAUCUGGCUUUGUUCAUAUCAUUGCACCCCAAGCAAUAGGAUCAGGCAUUCCUGAAAUGAAGACUGUUUUACGAGGUGUUGUUUUGAAAGAAUAUCUCACUUUUCGGACAUUAGUCUCAAAAGUUGUUGGUUUAACUUGUUCACUAGGAAGUGGACUUCCUAUUGGAAAAGAGGGUCCAUUUGUUCAUGUGGCUAGCAUAGUUGCCACUCUUUUAAGCAAACUUGUCACUUCAUUCAAGGGUAUAUAUGAGAAUGAAUCUCGGACAAGUGAAAUGCUUGCUGCUGCUUGCGCUGUGGGUGUUGCUUGUAGUUUCGCUGCUCCAAUUGGAGGUGUUUUGUUUAGCAUUGAAGUAACAUCAGUAUUUUUUGCUGUAAGAAAUUAUUGGCGAGGGUUCUUUGCUGCAUGCUGUGGAGCUAUGGUAUGGCGCCUACUUGCUGUAUGGUUUAAGGAUGAAGAAACUAUUACUGCUCUUUUCAAAACGAAUUUCUCUGUUGAUUUUCCAUUUGAUCCACAAGAAUUGUUAGCAUUUGCUUUGAUAGGAGCAUUUUGUGGUUUUGCUGGUGCUUUAUUUGUGUGGCUUCAUCGUCAGAUUGUGUAUUUUAACAGACGGCACAAGAAAAUGAAUUCCUUUUUGCAGCGAAACCGAUUUAUGUAUCCAGCUAUUAUCACAAUUGUAAUAUCUAGUCUGACUUUUCCACUGGGUCUUGGGCAAUUUAUGGCUGCUGAACUUACGAAUCAUGAAGUCAUGAAUGAAUUAUUUAGUAACAUCACCUGGUCUGGAACACAUCUUGAAGUAGAUGAUGAAAUAAUUGUCAGUCAUUGGACCACAAAUUAUACAAAUAUUUAUAUAAAUCUUGCUGUUUUUAUUGUCAUGAAUUUUGUUACCACAACUGUUUGUGCUACUCUUCCCGUUCCAGCUGGAGUUUUCAUUCCCAUAUUUAGAAUAGGUGCAGCAUUCGGACGUUUAGUUGGAGAGUGCAUGGCUGCAUGGUUUCCAGAGGGAAUACGAAUGGGUGAUAAUAUAUUCAAAAUUUUACCUGGAGGCUAUGCGGUUGUAGGGGCUGCUGCAUUGUCUGGUAGUGCCACUCACACAGUUUCAACAUCUGUUAUUGUUUUUGAAUUGACUGGUCAAAUGUCUCAUAUAUUACCUGUGAUAAUAGCUGUGUUAAUUGCAAAUGCCAUUGCUCAAUCUUUACAACCUUCCAUAUAUGAUAGUAUUAUUCAAAUAAAAAAAUUGCCAUAUCUUCCUUCCAUCAUUUCUACUUCAUCACAAGCUCAUAAUGUGUAUGUAGACGACAUAAUGGUGCGUGAAAUAGUUUAUGUAUGGCAAGGUGCUACUUACAGGGAGAUCAAGGGUGUCCUUAAAGCAAAUAAAAGAUUACAAUCUUUUCCAUUAGUUGAAUCAUCAGAAUCUAUGAUCUUGGCUGGGUUCAGUUCAGAGAGAAUGGAACUGAUGAGAUUGCUGGAGAGGCUCUUGGGGCGUGAGAGACGUCUUCAAGAAGUAGCUCGAAGACAAUCUGUAGAUGAAGGAACUUAUAAAGCUGCUCAAGAGCAACAGAGAAGAAUGUCUAGAUUCGAAGUUAUUCCAGUUGCUGGCUUCGCUAAUUCUUCAUCAAGAGGCUCUCCUCCACCAUCUCCACCGAUGACGCCUACAUCUCCUAAAAAAUCUAUUUUAAAACAUUCACCCAUGCAUUCCCCUUAUUCUACAAUUACUUCUAGUAUUGCUCAUGAUUCAAGAUUGAGAGCAGCAUUUGAAGCAAUUUUUCGUAAGGCUCUUACAUUACAAGAUGCUAAUCCCAGUGAAAAAUCUGACAGUGGUCCACCAACUCCUAAUGUUCCAAAACGUGUUCAGCUGCCAAAAGAAAGGGUUAUAGACAUGUCACAAGAAGAACAAUUAGCAUGGGAAGAGGAUCAGUUAAAUGUUCCUGUUGAUUUUAGCAAGUGUCAUAUUGAUCCUGCUCCUUUUCAGCUAGUUGAAAGAACUUCUCUUAUUAAGGUACAUUCCUUGUUUUCAAUGCUUGGUCUCAAUCAUGCAUAUGUAACUGCAAUAGGCAGAUUAGUUGGAGUAGUUGCUUUAAAAGAAUUAAGAAAAGCUAUUGAAAAUAUGCAAAGUGGUAAUUUUGUGCGAAAUACACCUUCAAACUUUGAGACUGCUGGUAUGUUAAAUAGUUCAUAUGGUGCUUCUGAAUAUCCCUCAGAACCACCAUCUGAAGCAGCAUCAGAAGCGCCAUCAGAAGUUGAAACUGCAUCUGAGUCAGAAGAAGUUCCUGAGUGUAAUAGGUUUGUUUUUAAUUUCAGAAACAUUAGAAGGACUAGUCAAACAUCACCAGUAUAA